GUUAACUUUCAAUUUCGUUCCAGUUCCAGCUCUGCGCCCUGAGAGACAUCCAUCGAGGGCUUUUGUAGUUUGUGCCUCCCUUUCUCUAUCUGCUCUGUUUGCUGUAUUUAUAUACUCUUUAUCUCUUGCCAAAAGAGGAAGGAGAACUUUGGCUAGGGUUGGGGUUUUCAUUUUUGUUUCUAGUUUCCCAAUUUUUGAGCUUUAAUGGAAGAGAUUACAGAGGGAGUUAACAACAUCAACUUGACUGGCGAUUUACACAAGAAAAAUCGUAUUCAAGUCUCCAACACCAAGAAGCCUUUGUUCUUCUAUGUCAAUCUCGCCAAGAGAUACAUGCAGCAGCACAACGAGGUGGAACUGUCUGCACUUGGAAUGGCUAUUGCUACAGUUGUCACUGUUGCAGAAAUUCUGAAAAACAAUGGAUUGGCGGUUGAAAAGAAGAUCAUGACUUCAACAGUUGAUAUGAGAGAUGAAUCAAGAGGGCGACCUGUUCAAAAAGCCAAGAUUGAGAUAUUGCUGGGAAAGACUGAAAACUUUGAUGAAUUGAUGGCUGCUGCUGCCGAAGAAAGGGACAUUGUAGAUGGCGAAGAGCAUAGUUGAAAAGGGGUGUUCCUCGGUAUCUGGUCUGUUUUUGAUGAAUUAUUAGUGAAGAACAAUUUUUAUGAGUCAAUUUCUUAGAUUCUAGGUGUCUUGAGGUGAUGUGAAAAUUUUUUUUAUGCUAGGAGCAUAGAAACAAAAUGUCUGCCAUCUGAGAUUCAAUUUUCAUACAUAAUAUUUUUGGGUUUGAUUGACUUUUACUGCAA